AAUUAUUUCCCACACCGCGAAUGUUGCGUUUCUUGCAUAGUUUUAUUUCAUCCCCAUUGCACUUGUCGACAAUUCAGCAUCUUCAGAUUGCAGUCAACAUAAAAAAAAAGGUUCAGAGCUUUCUGACAUCCCAAAGACAGCAGCACAAGUACCACCUUCAUAAUAGUAUGAGAGUGUUUCAACCUUUAUUUAAUGAAGCGAUGAAAAUGUUUUUGCAUGCAAAAGAUAAUGACAUUGAUCAACAAUAUCCUCUCUAGCAUGCUGACAGGAUUUUCAUUCUUCAGUGAACUACAGUGUGCCUUUAAUGCUUUCGUAUAGCCAGGAAUAUAAAUCUUACUUAUUUUCGGUGGCAUUAUAUACACCGUUUAUAUAACAUUCAUCACCCAAAUGCAGUGAACAAACAAACACCUGAAAUUGGCGAACGAAUGCUCUCUCUCCUGCACACAAGUGAAAGUGAUGUCUCCGAUGGGCGUGCCGCGUGCUUGACCGGCAGAAUUGUCCAAUAAAGACAAAACAGUUUUAUAUGUUCGAAAAAAACUUUCCAAAACCUGUACGAUCGCUGGGGUAAUGUAUACACUGUAACGAAUUGCUGUAAAAACUACAGCACUGAUUUACAGCGGUGACUGUUUUUCUAACAAUACAGCAUAUUUCUGUAAACUGCGAUGCAUUCUGUGGUCACGUGACGGUUUAACGCAGAUCCACAGAAUACUGCUGUAAAUUUCAAAUAUUUCAACGGUCAAGACUCGAAUAAGGGCAAGAGGAACGAUACACAGCUGUGGUAAGUGACCCAUUUAAGAAUUUUUCAGUUUGGUUAUGGUCUUAGUAUAUGAAGGUAAAUACAUUCGCAGUUCAUAUAGGUUGACCCGGAUUUGGUAACGUUAAAGUUACGCAUCCUCGUUCCGUGGGGCGCGAAUGAGAUUCGGGCUUUCAGCAGCGAGGUCGUGGCAUAAUUUCAGAGAGAAAGAUUUUCAGUUCUUUGGACAAAACUUGGUGAUGGGUCAACUGCUAAAGGAUCUCAAAGACCUCGAGAUUCUGUGAAAUUGAUAGAGCAAGUUUUGUGGCAGACCCGCUUGCCAAGGGACCAAACAGGACAGUGCAGUCAUAUAAAGCUGCGACAAAUGGUAGAGUUUAUUUGUGCCCCUGCCAUUUCUUCUGGACAGAUCGCCUACUUGAAGAAUGAUGUCUUCAAAUGUGGGGGAGGAGGUGCUACAAGUAAUUUCAAAAGCGCUGCCUGGUCUUCUUCAAGAAAAGAAGGAACAGUUGCUGCAGAGACUUCUGAGCUGGGGUGUGGAGAGCAAGGAUGAUCUCAAGUAUGUGGAGGGAGCCCCUGGAGUGGACCUGUCUGAUUUACUCCCGCCCAUCCAGAUUCGCAAACUUCUAGACAGAUUUAAACAAGCUGGAGAACAAAAUCUAGCUGGUACUAAUGUUUCUCCAGUAAUACCUCCGCCAUCAUCCACUGCCACCUUGGACAUUGGCCCACCAAGCCCUUCUUCAGCCACACCAGUUACGUGGCAUGAAUCAUUUCAGAUUCCUUGGGAUCAAAUGCCGAGCAAAUUACGCAGUGCAGUAGCGAAUGGAAAGAGACCACUCCCUUCUGAUCGCCGCAAAAUGAUUAGAAUUAUUGUUGAUGAGAUCAGGAAAUACGAAAAAAAUCCAAGCAAAGCGCAGUGCCAUGCUGUUGCUGCCAAAAUGGUCAAACAUUAUCCAAAGAGCUUUUCUGAUUUUGAUGAUGGUCAAGAAAAAAAUGAAAUUGGGUACUACUCCCUCUUAAAGCAAAUAAAAACCCGUGUUGAACACGUUAAUAGAAAUAAUACCUUAGCACGCAAACGGCAGAUAAUGGGAUUAACUGACACUACUGAGAAAAUGCAAUGCAGGGGACAAACAGCCACAUAUGGGUGUACCAAAUGGCAGCCUGAGCCUCCCCUUGCAAAUUCUGAUGAUGUUCUUGAGGAAAAAAGACAAACCUUAGAGAAUUUGUACCAGAGAUAUGGAAAAAGUGGAGCUGACAGGGGUGAUGUUUGUGCUUUAAUGAAACAAACAUACUAUUUACAAAGAAAGCACAUCAAUGAUACACAAACAUCUCCUAUCAAAGACCUAAAAAGCAAAUGGCCAUAUCUGUUUCAGCAAAAGCACAUGUAUGCACAUUUUGAGGAGCUAACUAAUAUCACCAUACACAAAAAGCUCAGCCUGACAAUGGAGCAGUACAGCAACAUCCUCGUUGACUUCUUUAAGAGCAGACCCACAAAUGAUGAUGUCAAGAAAGUCUUGUCCAGCGAAGAAGAAGAAGAAGUUGGACCCCUCGUGAUUAAACUUAUCCUGGCACAUUUCCGAGAGGAUCCAGAUGGACUUCUGCUCUUUGCAGAUAAGUGUGCCACAGCAGCUGACAUUCACACGACUCUGACAAUACCCGGGAGCCCACGACUAGUUGUGCUUGGAGACACUUUGUCUAGUGGGCAGUGGAUGCUCACAAUUGAAGGUGAGGUGGUGUGUGAGGGCAUUCAGCCCACUUUCCUGUCCGGCCUGGCGACUCUGUUCACAGCAUAUUAUGUGUUCAAUCUUCAUUACCAGGAGGAGGCAGCAUGUACAUUGGAGUUUAUUCAGAGGCGCUUUGUUGGUAUAAAUCCUAGAGGAACAAAGACGUCCAAAGGAAAGGUGCCAUCUAAAAAAACAGGGCAAAUGGUACAAAAGAAGCAGCUUGAAGUGAAUCCACACGUUGCUACUCUUCUUUCCAAAUUGAUGGAUUUUCAGUGGAAGUUCUGAAAUUAACUCUUUGCAUCCUGUGAUGGAACAGCACCUAAGGCUGAUUUGUUCUGCUAACCUCCCCGAUGUUCGUUGGACUCACUUGGGGCCUUGUGGAGAGUUGAUGAGUUCCCCAGCAUGUUUGUGAUUUAAUAAACUUGUUUUAUUGUGAUCAUAUUGAUCAACAUAUUUUUAAAUUAUGCAGUUUGCAUAUUUGUUCUUUAUGUGAGGGGUCAUGAUUGCAUUAUUAAUGAUUUUUUUAAUUAAUUUAAAAAAAAAAUUC